AUGCCCUUAUCGUUUUCGACUCUUCUCAUCAAUAAUUGCGGCUACUUCAAUGGGAAUCCAACGACAGUAAUCCUCAAAAUCUCUCCCUCGUUCCCCGGCGGAGUAUGGAAUCAAGAAGAAUUCGGACAGCCGGUGCCUGCCACCUGGGACUCAAAGGACAUCUCGAAGGCGGAUGGUGUCCUCGAAGUUGAGCUUCUGAAGCGCAUUUCUGAAGGCCGGACCGGCGCGACAUUUACCGCAAAUGUCGUCUCAGCGACCCAUGGCGGUGUUGACGUCCGACCAAACCUCCCCCCAACUCUAUGCCUGAAAUUCGCCAAGCCUGAAUUCAGUCGCAGCCUGGCUCGAGAUGCAUGGUUUUCUACGAGCAAACAACCCCAUUUCCCCGACCUCGAAUAUAUGCCAUGGACCGACCGGUGGCAUUCCUUUGAAGACACAGAUUCUGAUGCACCCAUGUAUCUUGACAAGUACCCCUCGCUUGACUAUUUGCCGGACGAUAUCCCAUAUUGGGUAGAAGAAAAGAAAGUGCACCAUCCUUCUUUCAUGCUCGACUCGCCCUGGUACAAAUGGGAUCGCGGUGACGCCGCUCGGACAAUUUCUGUCCUCGUUUUGGAACUACUUGGCGAUGAUUGCACAGAUCGAAGUGGUCCUGCGACUGAGUCGUCCAGGAAGGAGGUCAGGGCGCUGUUGGAAGACAUCGGUGCUGCCGGUAUUUCACACGGAAACAUAAGUCCAUCUAAUGUUCUCGCAUUUCCCAGUGAUUCCCUUGGACGAGCCCCACAGUGCCCUCGACACAAUGUUGUCCAUCGAUGGAGAAUCAUUGAUUUUGACCGAAGCCGGAGAUGCGAUAUCAGAAACCUGAGCGCCGAGGGUAGAGGUAUCACAACGGGUGAUCCAUCGAAACAGCUGGCCCUGGGCGGGUUUGGAUUUCCUCUACGCCUUAUGCCUGGGGAACUUGGACGUUCUGCGGCCCAGGGCAACAUUCACCAUCUGGGGCAAGUAACGGUUUCGCUUCGGCCAAACAUAAGUUCAUUCUACGAGCUCGUUCAACUACGGAUCCAAACGCCUGCACAUGAAGUGCCCAGCUGCAACGGCACGACUCCAACAUUCUGGUUCUGCCUCCAAUCGUCCUUUACAGGUUUCGUCAAAUUAUCGCGUAUUUUGAGGAGGUACUAUGUUACACUACAAGGACGAGCUCGGGUUCAAGGGGACGAUCGUAGACCGUCCCCCAAAGGUGCUGCAUAUACCGUAACCGAGAGAAAGCGAUAUGGUGUCGGGCCGGAUAAUAGCCAGUGCUGA